UUCUGGCUGCUUGGAAUAAUCCUUGGACCACUGUGGAGAUGAAUGGAGAACAGCAGUAUGAUGCAGAUGCUGGUUCUGGUGUGGAAGAAAUGGAAUUCAAUUGGGAUGAGUAUCUAGAAGACACAGGAGCAACUGCAGCCCCCCAUGGAUCUUUUAAGCAUGUGGAUACGAGUUUACAGAAUGGUUUUGCCCCUGGUAUGAAGUUAGAAGUUGCUGUCAAGUCUGACCAAAACACCUAUUGGGUAGCCACCAUCAUUACCACCUGUGGGCAGUUGCUCCUGUUGCGCUACGAUGGAUACGGGGAGGACCGCAAGGCUGACUUUUGGUGUGAUAUCAUGACAGCUGAUUUGCACCCCAUUGGCUGGUGUGAACAGAACAAGAAGAUUCUCAAAGUGCCUGAAGGUAUCAAGGACAAGAUUCCUGACCAGGAGGAAUUCCUUCAGCGGGUGCUGAAAGGAGCAUGCAGUGCUCCCGCUAACUUGCUGGAGGGGCUUCACCGAGGAAAAAAUCCUUUGGAUCUCAUUGCACCAGGCUCCAGACUAGAACUGCAAAACUUUCGGGACUGCUUGGAGGCCUGGAUUGUCAACGUGGUAGAAAACGUCGGGGGGAGACUUAAGUUGCGAUACGAAGGCGUGGAGGAUUCUGACAAGUUUGACCAAUGGAUAUUCUACCUGGACCCUUUCCUUCAUCAAGUGGGGUGGGCAGCUCAACAGGGAUAUGACCUGCAACCACCUUUAGCCAUUAGGUCCUUGAAGAGUGAAGCAGAUUGGGAAGAGAUCCUGAGGAAGGUGAAAGAGGAGGAAGAGGAGUCAUCAGUUCCUACUGACCUUUUUAAGGACAAACCUGUGAUUGGAGUGCAUUCGUUCUCUGAAGGCAUGAAGUUAGAAGCUGUGGACCCACUGGCUCCUUUUGUCAUUUCUCCUGCUACGGUUGUCAAGGUAUACGAUGAAAAAUAUUUCAUGAUAGAAAUUGAUGACUUGAGACCAGAACGCACAGCCAGCCAGUCUUACAUUUGUCAUGUCAACAGUGCUGGUAUUUUCCCUGUGCAAUGGAGUAUGAAGAAUGGCUUGCAUCUCAGUCCCCCACUAGGUUAUCCUGGGCAGGACUUCGACUGGGCAGACUACCUCAAACAGUGUGGUGCUGAGGCAGCUCCCCAGAGCUGCUUCCCUUUGUCAACUUCUGACCAUGGGUUUAAAGAGAAUAUGAAACUUGAGGCUGUGAACCCAGCUGAUCCUGAGGAAGUCUGCAUUGCUACAGUCACCAAGCUGAAAGGUUCCUACCUCUGGCUUCAGCUGGAAGGCUCCAAAAAGCCCAUCCCUGACUGUAUAGUGAGCGUGGAAUCAAUGAAUAUAUUUCCCGUGGGUUGGUGUGAGACGAAUGGAUAUCAGCUCAGACCUCCUCGCAGAGCAAUAGUAAACAAGCAGAAAAAAAUUGCAGUAGUUCAACCAGAGAAACAAAUUUUGUCUUCAAGGACAGUUCAUGAUGGACUAAAGAACCAAGAGCUAAACUCUUCCGACUCAGUGGUAAUUAAUGGAAAGUACUGCUGCCCAAAGAUCUACUUCAACCACCGGUGCUUCUCAGGGCCUUACCUUAACAAGGGCAGGAUUGCUGAGCUUCCUCAGUCCGUGGGACCUGGGAACUGCGUUCUUGUUCUGAAAGAGGUUCUCACUCUGUUGAUCAACGCAGCUUACAAACCCAGCCGUGUCCUUCGAGAACUUCAGCUGGAUGAAGAGGCUGCAUGGCAUGGGCAUGGAGAGACCCUAAAAGCCAAGUACAAAGGGAAGAGUUACCGUGCAACUGUGGAAGUUGUGAGGACAGCAGACCGAGUGGCGGAUUUCUGCAGAAAAACCUGCAUCAAACUGGAAUGUUGUCCAAACCUCUUUGGUCCUCAGAUGGUGCUGGAUAAGUGCUCAGAGAACUGUUCCGUCCUAACAAAGACUAAAUACACACACUAUUAUGGAAAGCGGAAAAAUAAGCGGAUAGGUAGGCCACCAGGUGGCCACAGUAACCUGGAAGUAGCCAUGAAGAAGCCAAAUAAAAGACGGAAGAGGCGAAAACACUUUUUUGUUCAUAAGAAGAAACGUUCUUCUACUUCGGUGGAUAACACUCCAGCUGGAUCUCCCCAGGGCAGUGGAGGAGAAGAGGAAGAUGACCAGGAUGAGAUAGAUGAAGAAUCUCUGACUGAGGAUAGUACCUCAGAGCAGCAGGAUGAAUUGCUUGAGGAGUCAGAAGUGUCAGAGAAGAAAUCUCUGUCAUCCUCUCCAACGCAGAGUGAACUGUCUCAUUCUCUGGCUCAGGACCGAGACAAGCGGAAGAGGAAGCUCAGGACCUUUUCCUUUUCUGAUGAUGAAAAUAAACCUCCUUCGCCUAAGGAAAUAAAGAUUGAAGUUGCUGAAAAGCUGCAGCUGGACAGUAACCCUCUGGAAUGGAGCGUGUCUGAUGUUGUACGAUUCCUCAAAUCUACUGACUGUGCCCCAUUGGCAAGAAUUUUCCUCGAUCAGGAAAUCGAUGGCCAGGCACUGCUGCUGCUCACUUUGCCCACCGUUCAGGAGUGUAUGGACUUGAAACUUGGGCCAGCUAUUAAACUUUGCCAUCAUAUUGAGAGGGUGAAACUUGCCUUUUAUCAGCAGUUUGCUAACUGAGGAGCAACCAAGUUGAAGCGGACCUUCGAAGCACAACUGCAGCAACAUGCUCCUUUCUCUCUGGCAGGGAAAGUCGAAUGAAGCAAAAUUGAGGCUCUGGCGGCCUAUGAGCAUCUGUCAGCCUCAGCUUUUCACUUUAAGGAAAGGAAGACAACAUCUGGAGCAUAAUACCAACACAAACACGGGGGCUGCUCUGCCAGCUGCCAGCUUGGGAACACAAUAGUCUCUCGCUCUAUGGUUCCCUUUUUUUAAUGUAUUUUUUAAUGAUUACAGAAAAGUCUCCUCUGGUGGGAAAUGACAUUUCAGUAGUUCUGUUGGCACAGAACUUUAAAAGGAGCAACGGAUCCCGUUUACGUUAGCAGGCAGGCUGCCGGAAACAACCUUUCUCUGUUCCCGAUGAUUCGCAGAAUCCCCUUGCCCUCCCUGUGGACGAACACGGCACUGGCUUUGGAAUGUGCUCCUUGCACAUUCGUGUGUUAAUGCUGAGGUGGUUUAAUGAAUUUGUUCAUUGUCAGGACAACAAUGUGACCACAGGGUUCUGAAUGUACAGUAUAGCAAGAGCGUGGUUUAUUUUAUUUCUUUUAUUAUUCUUUUUUUUUCUUUCUUUUUUUACUACCUCUGUAGCCUGAACUGUAAAAGUGAUGAUCUAGAGAGGGAGGGAACUACUACUUCUGGACAAAUCAUAGGUAGCUGCACAGCAGUUCUCUCUUCUGGAGGUAUCUCAAAAGUUCAAACCAGUAUCAGCCUGCAGAGCUGCUGUUCCAAAGCUUUAGCUGAAACCUGUGUUAACUUAAUUUGGAUGCUACCUUGUUCUCAUAUGUCAGAAAUUUUAAUUAUUUUGCACUUCUCUUACAGAUGAGCUGUAGGAAAAAAGGAAGGAAAGAGGAAGUGCCUCUGCAUUUUCUAUAUUUUGGUUGUCGGAUAAAAUUUCUCUACGUUUUUUCUGGUAAAUUGUGUGAUGUUAUUUCCUUUUCUUCACUGCAGUUAAUUGGGCUGUGUACACAGAGCCUGUCAGCAGCUCUUCGCUUUGCUACCUGAACACCUGUUUGGAGCGUACGCUAAGAAAAAUGCAAUCGAUAGUGCGUUCUCAUGCUGGAAACUAUAUUAUGAGCAUGACUAUUUUUUUUUUUUUUAACUGUUUAGUGCUGCUCAGGAUCAGACUGAAAAGGGGGAUUUUUGUUUGUUUGCUUUUGUGUGCCUUUUCUGGGGGAGUGGAAAGGGAAGGAAAAGGGCCAGAGGAACAUCUAGCUCCACCAGUAGACCCACCGCAGUGACGAAUUGCUGAUUUAAGUUUUCCAGGCGCUAAAACCCAGUCACUACUAGCUUUGGACCUGUACUUUACACUCUAAGUUAUAGGGCUUACCUACUUUCUGUUAAAGUUGUGGGAAACUUGCAUCAAGCUUAAAAUCUGCUUCAAGUAAGCGUUAGGUUUCAAAUGCUUUGCAUUCAUCUCCUCUGCUUAUACUCUCAAGUAUUCGCAGAGCGUGGGCUGGAGCUUUGUGUGUGCAGCUCGGAAGUAUGCACGCCCGUGUCCCUUCUGCUAGACGGAUGUGUUUCUGCAAAAAGCCCCCUGGCACGCAAAGCCGUGUGGUCUAGAAAAGGUGCUCACUCUAGGAAUUUCUUUAGGAAAGACAUUUUGCUGGUUCCUGACGAGCAGCGGGCAGUCUGGUCAAAUAGAUUGAUUCAAGCUCCUUUUAGGUCUGAUAAAAUCGGUCAUUUUAAUGCUGUGAGCUGUAGGAUUCAGUGAGGAGGUACUCCAAAAGCCAAGAACUGGGUUUGCCCGUUCUGAGUGGCCCCUUCUGCCACCUAGGUGUUGAAGGCAGCUACUGCCAGUGAAACUGUUCCUAGCGAGCAAAGCCGGUUUUGGUUUCCUUACGCUGUAAGCCUCUUGGAAUAACUGCCUUGUCAAGGCAGGAAUGCUAAAAUACAAAGAUUUGUUUUUCCAUUCCAGAAUGAUGAUGUAAAUGCCAGACAAACUUCUUACUAGCUCAGUAUUCUUGGAUGAGGGAGGGGAAAGGAGAGUGUGACUAGACUGAUUUUCCUCCCGGGUUUUAAGUAGAGUAUGAAAGCAUGGUUAAAUUGAAAUCAAAGUACCUCUUCCUUCCCUCUGUCCACCCCUACUCCAGACAGGUACCCCCAAAAUGGACAUUUUGGCUGUGUAUGUUGUACUUAGGCCAUCCUCUUGUACUCUGUUCUCCUGAUGGCAAUUGAGUGAUAAGCCAUGCAAAAAACAUUUGAAAGAAACAUUGUUGCUUUGCUGUCAGUCUUUUGUCUUGAGAAGUUUGACCAGCAGAGAACUGAAGAGCUGGAAGAGGAAGCUUUCGGAUCACAUUUGUCAUUCCUCAAGGUUUUCCAGAAUUCCUGUGCAUUGCAAAAGAAGCUCACUUCCAGCUGAACUGACCUGCAUAGCCUGGAGAUGUUGUUUCCACCUUUCCCCAUGGACAGAUAGAGGCCUUCAAAGUAGGCGUCAGCAGAGAACAGAACUUAGAGGUUAAUUGAGUGAACGUGUUAAGAUGGUGCCUGGAGUUUUGAAAACAAAUGUCACGCUCCUUGUAAAUGAAGCACUCAGCAGUUUCAGAGGUUAGUUGGGGUACUUCCUGGUCACCUUCGGCAUGUUUAUAGACUGGCUUUUUCUGCCUUGUUUUGGGAGGCACUGACAGUCUGGUCCCAAUGGGAUCUAUUUUAGUUGAGAUUUUCAAAAGGGAUGUUUUCAUUAUUUGUGAAAUGUUUUUAUGCUGCACAUUGAUACUGUAUACUCUGUUUCUUUGGGAAAAAAAUGCACUCUUUUAUUGCUGGAUUUAAAAGGGAUAAUUGGGGCUUUAUCUUGAUGGAUGGUGUUUCUACUUGAUUCCGUUUCAAGUUCUUCUUUCUGUGUGUGUGGCAGAUGACUCAACCAGGCUUGUAUCUGUUUAUCUUGUACUAACAUGACUUAAAAGGGACUCGUGUGCCGUUUUCGUUGCUCUGUUUGUUCAGAUCUGAAUUUUGGAUAGCUUAAUGGCUGAAACUUGGCUUUAGAUGGUAACUGUGUUUCACCAGCAGGAGCUGCUGUGAUGUUGGUACUUAAACUGGGCUUCAGGGAUUUGUGCUGUCCUCUGCCAUGGCCACUCGCUUGAGAAAGCUGGAGUCCGGGAGGAAGGCAGUGGUGUCUUCCAAAUGUUUUAGGUAUCAGAAAAAGAUCUCUUCAAUGGGCCUCGUAUGCUGUUUAAAUGGAGGGUAAAAGGAAAUACUCCUUGGCUGACCUGUUGAGGAUUUAUGUUCUUGCUCAUCUUAUUUUUAUAUGCAUUGUACAGUCUUGGUUUUGCACAUCAUAGCUUUAGAAACAUGGUGGUGCCUUCCAUGUGGCACUCAUAGUGUGCUAAGCUUAGCCUCGUUGGGCAGGAAAAUUUUGUUGCCAAGUUACUGUGCUGUGCUCUCUGUACCAACACAAGGAGUCCGUAACAGCAAUAGUUGACCUCCAAAACUAAGAUGCAAGGUUAAUGUGCUUGAAUGAUCCCCUAAUGCAUAAACAGCUUGCAGUUUACUCUAAACUGAGAGGUAAAGGUGACCCUUCCAGAAGAGGAGAGGCACAAUGCUGAUCUUGGUGAAUGAAGAUUAGAGUUUCUGUUUUUGUUUUUCUAAUGGUAAAAUUUCUGAAAGAUGCUCUCAGAGGAACAAAAUAAAAGGCAAAUUUAUUUGUGGAUGUUGUAGAACACCAGUGGUGUUUGCAGUCCCCCCCAGAGACUAAUGGAAACAGUACGUACAGGGAGUUUGGGAUGGCUGUUAAAAUUAUUCUCUCUUCUCACAGCUUUCAGCAGUGUUUUGCUGUUGCUUUACAUUUUGCUAAAGUUCAGCCUUGAUUCCACUACUGUUUUAAAGGAGUAGUUAGCAGGUCAGUCCACGGAAGUGUAAAUAUUAUUUACAAUUUUUUUGACUGAGCUCUCAGUUCUUCUGAGUAAAGUACAAAGAUUUUGUACAUGAUUAGCAAAAGGCGAAGUGUCUCAUGAGAUUUUUGAAUGUAAUGGAAAAGGCUUCAUACUCUAAGCCUGGAUUGAGACCAGAUCCCGCUUACUUUGCUGUGGAUGAUACAAGCAAAUCUGUUGCUGGGGAGAAGUUACUAGAUGAGGUAGCCUUACCAGAAAGCCAAAAAAUGCGAUAAUCCUGCACAGAGCUGCUACUUCUCAACCAGGCCUACCACCUAGUGGCACACUGCUUGCUGCCUCCUGUGAGUUCAAAUUACCGAAAGCAGCUAAGCGCAAGGACAUGAGAUCUUCCAGGAGACUUCAAAUGUUGGCCGGAGGCUUCCUUUGAAAGGGACUGUGUGCUGCACCCAUGCUUUGGAGGGCUGCCUAGCUUCCCCCGUUGGUGCGCGUAGCCUUGUUUUCAAAGGCAGCCUUACGGGUGAUGGGUUGGAAUGGGACUUGGGUAUGCCGGAUACAACAGGCCUCUUCAUGGUGAUGUGUUUUUCUAAGUAAUAAUAAUAAUAAAAAAAGUAUAUAUGAAACCUAGCCAGCAAAAACAAGUAAAGAUGACCGGGCCUUUGUCUCAGUGGUCAUAUCUAGCUUCUUCUGGGUUGCAUCUCUUGUCCUGAAGUGCAUCAUGCAAUAGAGAUGGACUUUUUGAUCAGAAACAAAGUUACGCUGUUAGUUGUGAAGCCAGCAGUGGUUUGCUCAGCACUGAGCUAUGGAAUCUAACAGGACUUGCUCUGACCGGCAAGCAAAUUCAGAGGCAGUGGAUCUCACUGCCUUGGCACAAACAUGGGCCCGGAGCCUGUGGAAGCUCCCUAGUGUUGCACACUUCAAGGCAAAGAGACCUUCUGCUUGAGUGGUGGGGGCAAAUUGCUGCAGGAAAUGAGAGAGGAGAAAAAAAAAUGCAGGAAUUAAUAAUGAAGUCCAGGAAAAAAUGAAUUCUUGCCUAUUCUGAAAGUUGUUGAGCACCAGUUUCCAAGAAACCUCAUAGAAAUAUAUAUAUAUAUAUAUAUUGUUUUUACUCCCAGGGAUGUCAUGUUCCUCCUCUCUUCUUCCAUUUUGUUUUUAUUUCUGUUUAAAUUUGAUUUUUUUUUUUAAAAAAAGAAAAAACUAUAUAGACAAUCAGAGGUCUUCUAGGAGACUCUAUCCUAAAGGGUACUAGCUCUCCAUGUGUGAGCCUCUUUCUUAUACUAACUCAUUGGAACUGAUGCACUUUUCCUGUAUUUUGCCUUUUUUAAUUAGCUGCUUGUUCUUAAACAAAGAUUUUAAUGCAUAUUGUGUUGUGUUGCUUCUGCUUGUUUUAUUUUUCUUUCUUUAAAAUAUAUAUAUAUAUAUAUAUAUUUUACAUAUAUAUAUGUAUGUAUAUAUGCAGUGAGACUGAAGUACUAAAUGGGAAAGAAACAUGCACAAGAAAAUAUGCCUAUUAAGUCCCACCAUUGUUUGAGAAGGUGUAACGAUUUAAUCAGAGGAUUUUUUUAAAAAAAAAAUAUUUUGGAUGGAUAUUUUGCCUGUUUUGUCUGUAAAUAAUGUAUAUAAGUUUGUGGUAUAUGACAGUUUU